AUUUACAUUGAAAAAAUAGUACUGUAGGUAUACUUAGACGUUACACGGAACCUGAGAAUAAAAUUACGGCCUACAACAUAAGUCGCAGCGACGCAGGUGGGGGUGCAGGCAGGUGGUGUCAGGUGUGGGCGGUGAGGUUUUGAGUGUUAAAUUACUACGAAUUACGAUGCAAGACGCAGAUGUGACAGUGACACUGAGAGAACAAUGGAUGGUGGAGAGUCAGGUCUUCGGCAUCUACGGCUAUUUCAGGGAGCUUCCUAAGAGAGCUCAAACAGUCAUGCUCGAAAUUGCGACUGAUACGCACAUCGGUUACCUCACUAAUGGCCUUCAACGCCUCCCCCCUUCUUUCUGCGUUCUCGAUGCCAAUCGACCAUGGCUUUGCUAUUGGAUUCUUCACUCACUUGCUCUUUUGGGUGAGUCUAUUGAUGACAACCUGGAGAAUAGCAUUGUUGAUUUUCUCACUCGGUGCCAGGACCCACUUGGUGGAUAUGGUGGUGGACCGGGACAAGCUUGCUUUUCAGAUGCCUCAUCUUGCAACCACAUAUGCUUCUGUCAAUUCACUUAUCACAUUGGGAGGACGAAAUGCAUUGUCAUCGAUUAAUAGAGAUAGGUUGCAGGCAUUCUUGCAGAGGAUGAAGGACCCAAGUGGGUCAUUCAGGAUGCAUGAAAAGGGAGAAAUUGAUGUUAGGGCAUGCUACACCGCAAUUUCUGUUGCAAGUAUUCUGAACUUCUUGGAUCAUGAGUUAAUGGAAAAUGUUGGGGAUUACAUUCUAAGUUGUCAGACAUAUGAAGGUGGCAUUGCUGGCGAGCCCGGUUCUGAAGCCCAUGGUGGGUAUACCUUUUGUGGGUUGGCCACAAUGAUACUUAUCAACGAGGUUCAUCGAUUGGACCUGUCUGCUCUAAUUAAUUGGGUUGUAUUUCGUCAAGGAGUUGAGGGUGGAUUUCAGGGAAGGACAAACAAAUUGGUCGAUGGUUGUUAUUCCUUUUGGCAGGGAGGUGUUUUUCCACUUAUUCACAAAUUGCAUCAACUUGUUGAGGAGCAGUUGAGGAUGCUGGAUUCUUGUGAGCAUGAACAUGAUUCUUCACAAAGAUAUCUUAAUUUACCUGAGGAGAGAUGUCAAAUCGACAGGAGCCAUUUUGAACAGAAAGGUCUACAAAGUCAUCCUAAUAUUGUGAACCUCUCUGGCGUUGGUCUUGAUUUUGUGAAACGUUCGGCAAAUAUUGGACCUCUCUUUCACAACCUUGCUCUGCAGCAGUACAUAAUUCUUUGUUCUCAGGUUAUGGACGGAGGAUUUAGAGACAAACCUGGAAAGAGCAGAGAUUUCUACCAUACAUGUUAUUGUUUAAGCGGUCUUUCACUAUGUCAGUAUAUCAGUUUGCAGGAUGCUGACUCUCCACCUGUAGCCCAGGAUGUUCUUGGUCCUUACUCCAAUCUCUUGGAACUAACACACCCUCUGUAUAAUGUUGUUCUUGAGCGCUACUACAAGGCGCAUGAGUUCUUCUCCCUCUCUUAGGUGGUUCUAUCUACUAAAACGUGCAUGUCUGUGACCUUGGUAUUCUGUGUUUUGUUAUGAUUUCCGAAGGGAGCAGUACAUAACCACCUUAUAAUCCAGCUGCUAUAAAGUGAGAAAAUAUAUAUACAUCUUCUGUUUCUUAA